AUGGCGGACGGUUACCGGCUGUGGGCUCCCUCGCCCUUGGACGAGUCGCUGGGCUGGCUGCGGGGAACGCGGCCGCAACCUCCGCCCGCCGCCUCGGCGCACCCAUUCCGCUGGGCCGGCCUGCAGGCGGCAGCGGGCGGGCAGCGGGGCGGCGGGGCCGCGUUGCCGCGGCCGCAAGCCGUGAGGUUGCAGAGCCUCGACGCCGUCUUCGAGCGGCUGGUGACGGCGCAGCCGCCGCGCCGGAUCGGCGUCCUGCGCGUUUCGGAGCGCUCGGCUUUCUGCAGGGUGGUCGACCCGCGGCGGUGGCGGGCCCGCGGGCUGCGGGAGGCGGAAGCGAGGGUGGUCGCCGCCAUGUGCCAGCAGAUGAUGCGCGCCAUCCUGCUGCUGUACGCCGCCUACAAGAAGUGCGCCUUCGUCCUGCAGCACGCCCACUGA